UUGGUAUGUUUAUUUAACAGUUGUGCUUAUGUUCCACAAAAAGCACCAAGCCAACUGUUUACUUCAGCUUCUUCUUGGGGCGCAGGUUGUUUGUGUGUCCACACUUCUUCUUGCGGCAGUUGACAGCACGAGGAUGGAGGCGAGCGUAGCACCUGCAACAAGUUCAGAACUGUGCAAAAUGUAUGGCCGAGACUGGUCCAGUGGUCUAAGCCACUGCCCUAGCGCACUUUCAUUCCUCGCUAUCUGGUCUACUAAAAAUAGUUUUCCUUUGUACACAGCAACAUUACUGUAGUUGCUCUGAAAGCUGUUGCAUUUGUCACCUCAAUCGCAAAUGUGGAUGAAGGUUUUUUUUUUACUGUAAAAGGGAAACUUAAGUGUAAAGAUAGGCUUUAACCUUAAUUGUAAAAACAGUUCAUUACCACCAUUAAUGCAACUGUACUUAGCUCUACUUACUUGCGGCAGAUCAUUUUGUCACAGUUGUACUUCUGGGCCAGCUGUCUCAAAGAUGGCUCGAUAAUGCCUCCACGAAGACGCAGCACAAGAUGAAGGGUGGACUCUGGAUGGGAACAUUAUCAUAGUGGAUAGAUGCAAAGUUCACAGGUAUGUUUUCACACAGGGCUGAUGCUUAACUAAUGAGCAGCAUUACAUGUGCCCACUGUCAACUCGUAAUCGCCUACCUUUCUGGAUGUUGUAGUCUGACAAGGUGCGACCAUCCUCAAGUUGUUUGCCAGCGAAGAUUAGACGCUGUUGAUCAGGAGGAAUGCCUGAGAAUAAAAAGCAUAUUGAUUUAAUGAAAUCACUACAGCAGAAACCUAGUAUCAGUGCAAAAGCAACCUACCCUAAGUAUUUAAAACAGCUCAUUUUGUUAUACUAUAUGACGGAUCAAAUGAAACUUAGAACACCUUCCUUAUCCUGGAUCUUGGCCUUGACAUUUUCAAUAGUAUCGCUGGGCUCAACCUCAAGGGUGAUUGUUUUCCCCGUCAACGUCUUCACGAAGAUCUGCAUGUUGGCAGGCUGUUGGGAUAAAAUAUGGUGCGAGUUGAUUGCAGUAGCUAGAUACAUAUCUAUUUUGUUAUCUACUUGAAAUACUAGUUAGCUAGCCAAGUCAGCCAAUCCCCGGCACAUCGAAAUAAAAAAGUAACUCAUUAAGUAUUAGAAGAAUAGUUAGCUAUCCCAUUGACAUUUAGAAUGAGCGGCCAACAAUCUUGCUAACGUUAGCUGUGGCAAACUAACUAACUAACUAGCCAACAGCUGCGGUCAAGCGGGUGCUUCCAACAAGGCGUCUUUGCCACAUGCUGGAACUCGUUAUAUUUCAAUACUCAUAUUUAGACUUUACACGUCUCACAUAUGAUGACCCAAUGGAUAUUUAGACAGUUAUUUUAGUGGAGGGACACUAGUGUAUUUCUAUUACGCAACAAAUGCGUCUUGUAGUCAAUUUCGCAAAAAUUGUGACGGACAAAUAUAUACACCCACCAGGCCGAUAGCUGAGCCUUAACGAAAAGAGACUGUACAAGGCGGAAGUUAUAUUACAUCAUAUCCUGCAUCAUUUUUUUCUUGCACAAAUCGGUUUCAUCAAGCCUGACUCUACUAACAGUUGCAAAAUUAGAUGUAAGAUUAUAGAAAAUUGCAAUAUACUACUUACUGUAUUUACUCAAUUGUAUUCUCAAACGAACACAAUCGAUCACUAACUUGGACCAGGCGUUUAGAUAAUUUAAUUUUACUGCCACCUACUGAUGUGACUGCGUGAAUUGUUUUGAUGAGGUCAUUUCUAUUACCAUACCUGUCUCGGGUGUGCAUUAUUUUAGAAUGUAUUUAUAAGAACAAUCUAUCGUCAAUGUCUGUUUUGUAUAUUUUCUGCUAGAAAUACUGCCAGUGAUAGCCUAUGGCUAAAUGCAUGAAUGUAUCAGUGGAGGUAGAAAUGGGGAGGACAGGUUCACUGUAAUGGCUGAAAAUAUGCCACAGUGAAACAUUAACACCAUGAAAGGUUCUCCCCCAGCAAAUAUUUGCUUGUGAUUUUGGCACCAUGGCGAUAAGUUUAAAAACAAAAUCUUACUAAUUGCAUGCAUUGCAAUGCAAACAGUGUUUAUAUGUGAACGUGAGACAUGGCAAAUUGAUAUGGUAAGAUUAUCCACCAAAAUGCUAAAUUAUGCAUAAAAGACACUUGAUGCAGGGAAACGUGCAGCUACCACUAUUCAGGUGAUGCUCUUCACUUUGGAAUGGGGCUGUCAUAAUGCAUGCACAGUGAUAGGUGAAUAGGUGAAUGUCAAGUUCUAAAAAAAGAGAGAGAACCAUUUCAGGAAAGGCACAUUGAUGUAAGGAAAAAGACAACACAGGAAGAAGUAAUAACAGUCCAAGAAGUGCUAUGGCUGUAAGCACAUUGAUUCAAGCCACCUUGAUGGGAAAGGACUUCCUUCAGUCCUCACACAUUCCAUUUUGGGGCGGCGACAGUUGCAAUGGCCUUGGCGAGGCAUUUAAGACCACCUUCCAGACGGACUUCAACUCUCUUGCCACCCUACCCAAGAGAUUCGCCAUCUCUCGCCCCAUCCCUGCCCAGGUCGAGCACAAAGACCUGCGUCGGAUCAAGGAGUAUCUGACCGAAGCGGUCAAGUCAUAUACCCACCACCCACAGAUCCCCCUCUGCCGCACACCUGCUUGGGCUAAGCUGUGCACUAACUUCCAGAUGCAUAAAGACCCCAGGCAGGUCAACUUCCUCACCACCCAGGCAGAGGGCUUCCAGCAACUGGCCUCAACCCACACCAAACCCAUCCGGCCAGUCAUGGCCAUUAAGAAGAAACAGCUGGAGGAGAAGCUUCCUGUGACCACUCAUAAAGCUUCAUUCACCCCAUACAAUGUGUCGCCCAUUGUUAAGGCCAAGGUCAAACACCUAGGGCGAGAACCCACCUUUAAAUGGGACAGGGAUGGCCAACAUUUUGACUCCCACCACAACAAUGUAUUCCAGGGACAAUGGCACAGCCCACCUCAACCUGUGGAGAAGCAAAUCCACUCAUCAGUGGCAAUGGGAGACCCACAGAAGAUUCUGGAAACUAAAACCACCCAGGAUGUGUCCUUUGGACACCCUGGCAAUCCUAGUCCAGUCAAUGUGAAGGAACGUUUGAAGGUCAAUCUUGGCGAUUUCUCUGAAAACAAAUGGACAUCCACAAUGGCUGACGCGUUUCGCGAGGCCAAGUCAGCCCCUGUUCCACUGAUGCAAAUGAACAAGACUCUCAGCUCAGUCCCCAGAGGGGACACUGAUCCUGGGCGCAACCGACGGAGGAUGAUGGCCACAACCAACAGCUUUUUCUUCUCUGAGCAGAACCACAGAGAGCGGCCGGUGCAUGUCAGUGGAGCCAACGUGAGGACCAGGAGCAAUGUGGAGUUCGGCAGACCCAUUCUGGGAGGCCUGUUCUACAGCACCGCAGCCCAGGAAGACUACCCCAAGAGGGACAUAAAUCGAGCUAGGCCGCAUACCCAUCCCUCUGGCCAUGUGCUGACUGGCCAAGAGCCUGGAACAGCCUCGACUACUGUUCAAAGGGACUACCUCCCACUAAACUCCAGGAGACAGGAACUUAGCCCAAAACAACUUCAACAGAUUAAAUUCAGCCACAUCACCGCUCCCUACAAUGAGCAACACUUCACCACGACCCAUAAGGAAGCUUUUGGGCCCAAGCCUCUCUCCAGGACCUGCCCGGACAACCCACCUAGACAACACAUUAGCCACAUGCCUUUCUAAAGAGACCAAAGAGCUGCCUUAUCAAAACUUGCUUUCACAAAUAAAGCAUUUACUCUAUAUAUUUAAGGGACAUUUUGGGGAUAUGCAAGGGAAAAGCUCUGGUGCAAAACAAUUGCAAACUUUUUGUUUGAAGAGAUAGGCCUACUCCUCUGAAAUGUAUGCUUUAUUCAAUGUUAUGUUUGUUUAUUGAGCAAAUGGCCAGGUGAUAUGGAGCAACUGCUUACCUCUAUUGACUAAACAUGUACAUUUGACUGCCUACACAUGAUCCA